CGCGAGUGUAUAUUCAAUCCUCGGCGUCAUGAAGAAAAGCAGCCGAUAAGAUCCUCAAAUGAAAAGAGGGGCGCUUUUGAUCCAAUCUAGCCUAUUUGAGCUCAACAUGACUGUCUCGUGGGGUCUGGUUUGAGCGUGAAAGCUCUCUCCUCAUCCGGAAUUAUAUGCUCGAACUGUGCGGAUUUUGCAUCUACUCUGUCUUAUUUUCUCUUGUGCCUUUAUCCUUCUUCUGCGUUUCUUCUUCUUCUUCUUCUGCUUUGCUUUGCUUUCUUCUCCCUUGUCUCUUCGACUUCUCGAUCUGCUUUUGCCUAAUCGGUACGUCUCCGGAAUCUACUUUCCACUGCCUACCGGGGUCUGGAGUCAACCCCAUGGGUGGUGUGGAUCAACAUCCCGGCUCCUCGCGUUCCUAUUGAACUACCGUGGAAUCGUACGUUGGGUGUUGCAACUUAGGCCCCUCGGAGAGGUGGGUCGACCGGGGUUAGAGCCUAU